AUGACAGUGGCAAAGUUGACAAUUACUAACAGAGCCUGUACAGUUUUAGAUCUAGACAUAAACGAUGAAGUGUGGCAACUGGUAGAGGAAUCUAUACGACGGGAAAUGGAUUCCGUGGUAGUAGCCGAAGAUGGCAUGAGACCCAUGCAUCCGAGAGUGGAUAUUCUUCUUCCGUUGACAGUGUCAAAUCACUGCAAACCGGUGUUAAUGGAGGAGAUCGAACGAUACGAGAGAGAGGAAGAAGAAGCUAGUGAUAUAAGUGAUGAUGAUGAUGGUGAUGAUGUUAGUGGUAAUACUAUUAUUCGUGAUGGCAUCAAGUAUCCUACGUCCUUCUAUAAUGAUAAGGAUGAAAUCGACUACGACGCCAUUUAUACAGCCUUGUCGCACUCCCAAUUGGAGAACAGGGACCUAAAUCUUCUAGCUGGAACCCAGACAGAAAUAGGGAUUUGUCAAGAUACUUAUUUAGUUCAUUUGAAGGAGUUACAGGGACAACUCCGGGCACUGGCCAACAGGAAAAGGAAGGAAACAACAGAGUUGGAAUAUUCACGUAAAAAACGUCAAAUUGAAGGUUAUGGCCCUGUGGAAACUUAUCUCAAUCAACGCUGGCACGAUCUGAUCAGAUCAAUAGUUGACAUGGGGGCAGAAAUGGCUACAAAAAAUUAA